AUGGGUUCUUUAAUAACACCUAAUCCUAUUUUUAUACGUUCGACAAUUCAAUACAUAAUAUGCUCGCUUCUGAUUCUUCUGGCUUCCCCCGUAAUUUCCGUACCUGUACCAUCACCCACCCAAGUAUCAGUACCAAAUAUGGAUGGGAAUAAAAGUUCCAACCCCCAUUCAGACAACGACAAUAUGAAUUCAAACUAUAGUUCGGAAAUAACGAAGUUCAUUCUUAUAGUAAUCUCUAUCGUAAUAUUAGUUGAAUUGAUAUUUUGGUUAUUUAAACUUGUAAAUAAGAUGAGAGGGCGUAAUUUCUCUCCAAAUGAUGGUCAAGUUACUAACGUUACGAGAGUCAGAAACGAAAACGGAUUCGACACUGCUUCAACUGCUGGAUCAGUUGAUGAAUAUUUGCCUCCAUAUGAUGGGUUAUCUUUACCUAAAUACGUAGAAUUUUUAGAGGGGUCAAACGCAAAUACAGUGGUGGGAGAAGAUGAAGCUAAUGGGAAUACAAUUAUGAUGCAUGGUAAUGGGAGUGAUGAAGGUUCAGUAGUGACGGUGGGAAAUAGGUCAGAAGAAGAUGGUAAUACUACGAAUAGUUCUAGCAGUAAUCAAAGUGGUGUUACAGAAAUAAUUAACAAUGAACAAACGCCAAUAACAUUAACGGUAGAAAUGACUCAGGUUUCAAAUAUUGACAACUCUCCAGGUUCUUUAACAUCAACACAAACUUCAGAACAGCCUAUUAAAUCGGAAGAUUAA